CACUGUUUUUCUUUGCAGACGCUCAUCACCCUCAUCAGUGUCUCUGUGAGAGCAAUUCCGGCCAUGUAUCGAAUAGCUUCAAAAUCAGCGUCUUCCGUCGCUUCUUCUACUUCCAGGAAAUUGGUAUGUAGUAGGGUUAUAUGUAAUAGGAAUUAUGUGGCAAAAGAUAUCAGUUUCGGGGUUGGGGCUCGCGCCGCUUUGUUGCAAGGUGUCUCAGAGGUGGCAGAGGCUGUCAAAGUUACAAUGGGACCAAAGGGUCGAUAUGUGAUAAUUGAGAACAGUCACAAGGAUCCAAAGGUCACAAAGGAUGGUGUUACUGUUGCGAAAAGCAUUAGUUUCAAGGGAAAGUACAAGAAUGUGGGUGCCGAUCUUGUGAAGCAGGUUGCUAAAGCUACUAAUACUGCUGCAGGAGACGGUACGACUUGUGCAACUGUCCUGACCCAAGCAAUACUCACAGAAGGUUGCAAGUCAAUAGCUGCUGGGGUAAAUGCAAUGGAUUUGCGCAUUGGUAUCAAUAUGGCAGUUGAUGCUGUUGUUUCUGAUCUGAAAAGCAGAGCAUUGAUGAUAAGCACACCAGACGAGAUUACACAGGUUGCUACUAUUUCUGCAAAUGGUGAACGAGAGAUUGGAGAGCUGAUAGCAAGAGCAAUGGAGAAAGUGGGGAAGGAAGGAGUCAUUACUGUUGCCGAUGGGAAUACUUUGGAUAAUGAAUUGGAAGUGGUGGAAGGGAUGAAGCUAGGCAGAGGCUACAUUUCUCCUUACUUUAUCACUGACCAAAAGACUCAGAAAUGUGAACUGGAAAACCCACUGAUCCUCAUUUAUGAAAAGAAAAUUUCGGACCUGAAUUCACUUGUGAAAAUACUAGAGCUGGCAGUAAAUAAACUUAGACCACUUCUUAUUGUGGCCGAGGAUGUCGAAGGUGAUCCACUUGCUAUGCUAAUACUCAACAAACAUCAUGCUGGGGUUAAGGUUUGUGCUAUCAAAGCUCCUGGUUUUGGGGAAAACAGGAAAGCUAAUUUAGACGAUCUCGCCGUUCUUACUGGGGGCGAGGUUAUCACCGAAGAUCGUGGUUUAACUCUCGACAAAGUCCAGUUUGAAAUGCUUGGUACUGCAAAAAAGGUGACUGUCUCUCUUGACGACACCAUCAUUCUACAUGGAGGUGGGGAUAAGAAACAGAUUGAAGAAAGAUGUGAGGAGUUGAGAACAGCAAUGGAGAAGAGUACCGCCAUGUUUGACAAGGAGAAAGCACAGGAGCGGCUGUCAAAGCUAUCUGGUGGAGUUGCUGUUUUCAAGGUUGGAGGGGUUAGUGAGGCAGAAGUCGGGGAAAGGAAAGAUAGGGUAACAGAUGCUUUAAAUGCUACAAGAGCAGCUGUGGAAGAGGGUAUUGUGCCAGGUGGUGGUGUUGCUCUCUUGUAUGCUACAAAAGCUUUGGAUAACCUUCAAGUGCAAAAUGAAGACCAAAGAAGAGGAGUACAAAUAAUCCAGAAUGCUCUAAAGGCACCUACGUUCACUAUAGUUUCAAAUGCUGGUUUUGAUGGUCCACUGGUUCUUGGUAAAUUGUUGGAACAAGAUGAUCCUAAAUUGGGUUAUGAUGCGGCUAAAGGGGAAUACGUUGACAUGGUGAAGGCUGGAAUCAUAGAUCCUCUGAAAGUCAUUAGAACCGCCUUGAUAGACGCUGCCAGUGUUUCGUUGCUGUUGACUACAACUGAGGCAGCUGUGGUGGACAAACCAAAUGAGAAAAAACCUCCCAGCCAUGUGCCAAAUAUGGAUGCUUUGGGAGGCUACUAACUUGUAAAAGUCACUAAAUUGAACAGCAACAUCAUGGAGUGUGUUAUGUAACAAUAUAGGGCCUUGUGUUAUCUAUUUUUCUAGAACAAUAAAUAUUUUGACACGGGAAUUCAGUAGUCGAUAUUGAAAGGCAAUAGCAAUUCCACAAGUCAUUAAUAAUAUUUUAGUUUAACAGCAACA